CGACGUCGACUAUUCCUAGUGCUUGCCCACCACCUCCCGUUCAUUCGCAACCACCACCGCACCGACAAGGUGAAUAGCUUGCUUGAAUCGCUCGUCCUAAAAAGACGGCGACACUCAUUCUGAGCUCUGGACUUACGACGAUUCUUUUCUGGCAGUUUCCCCGGUCCUUUACUCCCCACCGUAAUUCAACAUGGUUCGCGUAUCCGUCCUUAACGACUGCCUCAACAACAUCGUCAAUGCCGAGCGCCGCGGCAAGCGCCAGGUGCUCAUCCGCCCCUCCUCCAAGGUCAUCGUCAAGUUCCUCUCCGUCAUGCAACGACAUGGUUACAUCGGCGAGUUUGAGCUGAUUGACGACCACCGUUCAGGGAAAAUCGUCAUCCAGCUGACCGGUCGGCUGAACAAGACCGGUGUCAUCUCCCCCCGAUUCAACAUCCAGGUCAAGGACAUCGAGAACUGGGUCAACUUGCUCCUUCCUGCACGUCAGUUCGGGAAGCUUAUCCUCACCACUUCCAGUGGUAUCUUAGACCACGAAGAGGCCAGGAGGAAGAACGUCGGUGGCAAAAUCCUCGGCUUUGUCUACUAGACACCUUUUUGGGUUUGUUCGGGGUAGAGCGGCAGUUGUGGUGCGGUGGUCGGAAGUGAGCGCCGGCGUGCGCAGAGACAUGUAUUGCUAAUGCUUAAGAUAUGCUGAGCAAUAUGACACUUUACGCU